CGUCCAUAAGCCGGUAGUUCCGGGCCGAGCCCAGCGUGGAGGCCGCGGGAGGGAGGGGAUGCGGGAGGCCGGCGGACACUCACCGACAUGGGGAAUCUGUUCGGCCGAAAGAGACGGAGCCGGGUCACCGAGCAGGACAAAGCUGUGCUGCAACUGAAGCAGCAGAGAGACAAGCUCAAACAGUAUCAGAAAAGGAUCACACUACAGCUGGAGCGAGAGAGGGGGAUAGCGAGGCAGCUGCUGCAUGAUGGGAAAAAAGAGAAAGCAAAGCUGUUGCUGAAGAAGAAGCGAUAUCAGGAUCAGCUUCUGGAUAAGACCGACAAUCAGAUCAGCAACCUGGAGAAAAUGGUGGAAGAUAUUGAGUUUGCCCAGAUUGAGAUGAAAGUGAUUGAGGGUUUGAAAGUGGGAAAUGACUGCUUGAAGAAGAUGCACGAGAUGAUGUCGAUAGAGGAGGUGGAGAAAAUCAUGGAUGAGACCCAGGAAGGCAUAGAGUACCAGCGGCAAAUUGAUGAGCUGCUAUCAGGAACUCUGACCGAGGAGGAUGAGGAGGCCAUUCUGGAAGAACUAGAAGCCUUGGGUCAGGAGGACCUGGAACUGCCAGAGGCCGGUUCAGAGCCACUUCCAGACAUUACCCCAGAGAAACCGUCCGUCAAGAACAAACCCCAACCGCAGUUGGUGGCUGCAUCGUAACCGUAUUCCUAGUUACUGGAAGAUAUCAUUUUCAAAAGGAAAACCUCUCUCUGUCAGAUGAAAGGACAAGUCCACAUGUCCCCAAUGGGAUGAAUCGUUCACUCAGGCUGAGAAUUUAUCGCACAUCCAUUCGUCUGUCCUGUCCAUUCACAGGGGGGAGGCUCUCCUAUUCGUUCAGAUACUGAAAUGACCACUAUAUCACUGGGUCACCACCUGUUGGCAGGAAAGGACUUGACGUGGACAUGAUAGUGAAUCAAGACUUGUUUUCUAGCAAAUCUAUUAAAAAGGCAAAAAAAAUGUUAAAUUGUGUUUUUUAAAGCAGUAAUUGUUUUUUUUCUCCAAUAGUCUGGGGUGAGUUCUGCAAGAGACAGGCUGUGGCCCAUGAGAAGUGCCUGUCAGAAAUUAACUCUUGGCAAUACGGCACUCCCAGGACCUGGUCAUUACGCUUUAUCUGAAAUGGGACAACCAUAGCUCUGCCUGCAGCUGUAUAUUUUGGAAGUAUAUUUAAUUGUGUCACACUUAUUUGUAGCUUGGAGAGUGAAGCUCAAAACACUGGGCUGAGCCUGCAGAAAGCUCUUGUAGAACUAAAAUUCCCAUGAUGCCUUGCUUGCCUUAAGGCAUGCACUACGUCAUUAGAAUAGUAGCUAUUCAAGAGUUUGGGGGACAUUUAAGUUUGGGCAAUCUCUGCCCUAAAAGGAUCUGGGAUCUAUUCAGUGUUUAAUUAUUUUGAGAAAUAAAACGAUUAACCAGGCAAAGUAUAUAUACAGUGUACAUGUAUUGCUCAUGGAAACCUGUAAAAUGAAACCGCUUUUAAAUACUGAAACGUCAUUUGGAUAAAUAAAAAAUAAAAAAAUUAGGAAACAUUUCUACGAAUUUGUUAGUAUUUACUACAAAUGAGUGACCUGUCCUGUGAGUGUAGUAAACAUAUCACUAGCUCAUGUUAACAGGUUUGUGUGUGAGAUGUUUAUUUGCAGAACAUAAUAUUCAGCGAGUUCAGCCUGCAGUUAAUUAGCGGACAUUGAUGUCAUUAAAUUGUAUUAAUUUUCGUAGCACUUAUAAGGGCUAACGUGAAAUCUGCUUUAAUGAUCAUUGCUAAUUAUUACUGUGUAGAAUGGCUUUGUAUUUGUUUAUUUAAAGAUCGGCAAAAUGUGGAACUCCAA